AUGAUUCCCCUUCAACUAUCUUCUCUACCGCUAAGACGUGGUCUGCUCUGCACCCUCCCUCUCCUCCGACUAGCUACUCGAGACAGACUGAGGUCGUGGGGUAUUGAGGUCUCCCCGAGCUGUCUCUUAUGCUCAGGCGGUGAGGAGUCUAGGCAGCACCUGUUCUUCGACUGUGCAUACAGCUCGGAAGUGUGGGCGUAUUUCUGCUCUCGUACCCGUGUACACCCUCCCGUCGUGUUUGAAGAGUGUCUUAGGUGGCUAAAGACUUCUUCAACAGACACAAAUAUACUCUUCAUUGUUAAGCUCGUAUUCCAAGCUGUGCUCUAUAUGGUUUGGAAGGAGAAAAAUGCCCGACUACAUUCAUCUGUGAGCAGGCCCACGCAAGCCAUUAUUCAAGAAGUUAAACAGAUUAUUCGGUUAAAGCUUGAUCCUCUUUCUCGAAACAUGAGAAUCACAGACAUCACCUCUCUUACUUUCUUAGGUUCUUGGGCUUCUGAAGAAUUGGCAGAAGUCGAAGCAGAACUGGUUGGUUUUACUGUGUCUUCUCUACCGGCAUGCCUGGUAUUAUCUUCAUCAACACCUGAACCACAUAUUCCCUCUUGUUGA